AUGGGAUGCAUUCAUAGUCAAGAGGAAGACGCACGUGAUCGCUCAAAACGAAUCGACAAAAUGCUCAAAAAAGAGGCGGAAAGCGAGCAGAAAUCAAUAAAAUUGCUGCUUCUCGGCGCCGGCGAAUCGGGCAAAUCGACAAUUCUCAAGCAAAUGCGAAUCAUUCAUGAUGACGGCUAUUCCCUGCAAGAGUGCCGACUAUUCCGACCGGUCAUUUAUGGAAAUAUUCUUCAAAGCUUGUACGCGAUCAUCAGAGCUAUGGCGAAGUUGAAAAUUCGAUUCAACGAUCCCGACCAUGAGCAGGACGCCAUCAAAUUGUUGAAGUUUCGAGUCACCGGGCAUGAGGAUGAGCUUCCUGUGGAGCUCAAGGACAUUAUAGGGAACGUUUGCUCGGACAUUGGUGUUCAUAAGGCUCUGGAGAGAUCGGCCGAGUUCCAAUUAAACGAUUCGGCGUCAUACUUCAUUCAUGAAAUUGCUCGAAUUCUCGAGUCCGACUACACGCCGAGCCUGGAUGAUGUCCUGCACGCGAGAAUUCGAACGACAGGAAUCGUCGAAGCCAGCUUCUACUUCAAAGAUCGCCACUUCAGAGUUUUCGACGUCGGCGGUCAACGAUCGGAACGCAAAAAAUGGAUUCAUUGUUUUGAAGACGUCACCGCUGUCAUCUUCUGCGUCGCACUUUCCGAAUAUGAUAUGAUAAUGCUGGAAGACCAGAAGACGAACCGAAUGCGCGAAUCGCUGAAGCUUUUCGACUCGAUCUGCAAUAAUGAAUGGUUCAUUAACACGUCGAUCAUCCUAUUCCUGAACAAGAAGGAUUUGUUUGAAGCGAAAAUUCGGCAUUCACCGAUAACGAUCGCGUUUCCUGAAUACACUGGCAAAAACGAGUUCUCCGAAGCGUCGACGUUCAUUCAGCGCAAAUUUGAGGAGGUCAACAAGCGGCAAAAUAGCCAAAAAGAGAUUUACACGCAUUUCACGUGCGCCACUGACACCAAUAAUAUUCGUUUCGUCCUCGACGCUGUCACCGAUAUUAUUAUGAUGAUGGACAUUUCCAUGGGUCCUGCGGUUUGUAGGAUAUGUAUGUGCGGCGAGACUUCAAUUCCAUAUCUUGGAAAAGAAGCCGGCGAGCCGCUGAUAUCGCCGUGCUGCUGCUCAGGCACCAUGGGAUUGUACCAUCGAAGCUGUCUGGAACACUGGUUGACUUUGACAAAAACGAAACAAUGCGAAAUUUGCAAAUUUCGAUUCCAAAUCGAGCAAAAGCCGAGAAGCUUCUUCCAGUACCUGAAACUCCGCGGAUAUCGAAAGCGACGAGCCGAUUCGGACAAUCGCAAUCCAAUAGUUGAUUUCAUUUUUAUUCUGGCCAUCACACCAUUGGCGUUUUGCGCCCUUUAUUUAUGCAUUCGAGGCGCCGCAUUGGCCGGCCAAAAGUAUCAUAUUGCUUUUGAGAAUCGAUUCAACGAUGAGGAUGGCACAAAUUUACAAACCAGAAAUGAGACAUCGAUGGAAUUUGCCUUAUUCGUCUUCGUCGCCAUUAUUUUAUUUUUUGCUUACGCGGUUUUCAUGCUGGUGAUGUGUGGCAGUCAUAUUGAGCAAUUCCGAACUUGGCAGAAGAGAAAUAUGGUUUUGUUCGUGAUUGACCAGUUGGACGCCGAGCAGUCAAUGCAUUACAACCCGCAAUGGAAACAUGAGAAGCCGUCGUUGAUUAAACGCGUCUUCGGGUUCUUGAGAAAUGGACGCUCACGCGAUCCGAUGGAUGCAGAAAUUGCGAGAAUUGAAACCGUAGAACCGAGAUUUUUCGGCGAUUCCCGACAAUUUCCGAUUUUUCAGAUUCCCAUCGAGCCUGUCGGUCUGGCGCCGAGCACAUUGAACGUCAACUUCAACACAAUCGACAAUGUCUCAUUGCACUGCCCGAAGACGCCGAUUCGCGGCCAUAUGGACGUCCACGCGUCGCCGGAUAUGUACGCCGACGAUCGAUUCUCGCCGAUCAUGCCGACACGGCCGUUGUCUGAAUUUCGAAAAACCCAAUCGAUUUAUUCGGUUUGCUCAUUCUCCAACGGUCGAUUCUCGUGCUCGACGCCAGUUCAUGAUCGAUUCAAUCGGAUUCAUCAAAAUGAUGUUCAAUUCUCGACGUUCAAGGAUCCUGCUCCGACCGUCCAACAGGAAAAUUUGGAAGCGAACCAUGAGCUGAAUGAGAUGAAGGGAAGAUUCCAAGUGCAGCGUCUCGAGACCCCUUAA